CGAGCUUUGACGGAUCGUUCCGUUUGUAAACAUUGGAGUAGUUGUUGAAUGCUGCGUGAAUUUAUCUCUGGGGAUUUUAGAAGAAUUUCACAUAGCCAUAAUUCAUAGGUUGCACCGGAAUUAAUUCGUAUGCAAUGGAUAAAAGCGUUGGCAAGGACAAACGUCGCCAAGACAAAGCUCACAAAAAGCCUCAUCCCGUCAAGCAGAAGGCUAAUAAAAUCGGUAAGCCUACUAAGGAAGUUGCCCCGGUACCGGCCCCAGAACCUCUGAUAGAUUACGACGAUCGAUUUUCGAAACGGCCCAUCGAAUCCAACUUUAACUGUGAUUUGCCAUCGAGUGGGAGUGAUUCCGAGGACGAACAGCAGAAGGCUGCCGAUUUUGAAAAGCUGUUACAAAUUCCUGCUUCUACCAGUGGACACUUUUUCUUGAGUUCCGAAAAGCACUGGGUCAAAGAAGCUCAAGAACCAUCGAUUGCGAGUGGGAAAACAGCACAUCAGUACGGCCAAUACUUUAAGAUUGACACCGCACAACUGAACCUGGGUUUGGUCUCAAUUCCGUUGCACGAGAGGAACCAUUACCCGGUUGAUAUAUUUACGUCUAGAGAAAUCGAUAUCUUAAAGUUGAAAGCUGAACUAGAAUCACAAAAAUACAUAAAAAAGUACAAAUCAUCGCCCUUAGUUCACAGCAAAUUAAAAACUAUAAAAAUGAACGCUGAUUCUAAUUUUGGAUCGGAAAACGCUAUUCCGCCUCAGCCAAUACCUUGCCUUAUUGGACCGGACGCUUUGCCAGUGGAGCCAAUCCCACCGCAACCAUUCCCUUGUUUAAUUGGACCGGACGCUUUGCCUGCUGAGCCAAUCCCACCGCAACCAAUUCCUUGUCUUAUUGGACCGGAUGCUUUACCAGCAGAGCCAAUCCCACCGCAACCUUACCCUUGCCUGAUCGGGCCGGAUGCCUUUCCCGGUGGAGUAAAUCCAUUGCGACCGACACCUUGCCUGAUAGGCCCUUCAGCUUUGCCACGUGGCGCUUCGGAUUCCACGACAGCAGUGAGUGGGAUUUCGGAACGUAUGAGCUCCGUUAAGGUGAGCAACUCAUCAGCAACGGAUAACGAUGUGGUUCCAAUUGAUAAUGGAGAAUCUUCAGUGGACAACAAGAAAGAGUCGGGAAAAAACAAACCAACCCAAGGCGGUGAGCAACGACAAACCAAGGAAGAUAUGCAACAGUGGCUUGAUGAUAUUCUUGAAAUGUAAUUUUUCGAUUGUUAUUUAUUGUUGAGGAAAUAAAAAUGGCUUAAUAAUU